AUGCAGGUAAUGAUCCUUCAAGGCAUCACCGAGUACCGCGAUAUCCUCCAGGGGGACAAAUAUGCCAUCCUCUACUUUUCCGAGUGCUCCGAGCGGCGCCCUUCUCUCGAUCCGACAUACAAUGACAUGGCGUCCGAUGUGGCCGACGACAUGAUCGGAUUCUACCGAGUGAACCUCGCACAGCACCACGAGAUCUCCGACGAGGCGAUGGUCGACGAUCCCACUCUCCUCCUGGUCAAGGAUGGACGGGAACUCGAGCGGUUCCCCAGACCGGUGCCGGAGCAGUUGGAGUAUACGGUGUCGCAGGCUCUCUGUGGGAUGACCAAGAUCUCGAUCAUUCCGUAUGAACGAGAAGAGCCGAAUCACUUGGUGUAUUGUACUCCAGCUCAAGAGUAG